AUGGAUCAGCGCGGCAGCGACUGCCAGUUCAUGGUGGUGCCGCCGCGCCACCAGUACGACGAAGCGGCCCAGCUCAUGCACCAGCUGAUGGUGGCGGCCGCGGGGGACCAGCAGGACCCCAACGCGGGCGCGGGCGCGGGGCGGGGACCCGGCGGUGGCGGCGGGGAGAGGAAGCGGCGGUUCACGGAGGAGCAGGUGCGGUCGCUGGAGACGACGUUCCACGCGCGGCGCGCCAAGCUGGAGCCCCGGGAGAAGGCGGAGCUGGCGCGGGAGCUGGGCCUGCAGCCGCGCCAGGUGGCCAUCUGGUUCCAGAACAAGCGCGCGCGGUGGCGCUCCAAGCAGCUCGAGCACGACUACGCCGCGCUCCGGGCGCAGUACGACGCGCUGCACGCCCGCGUCGAGUCGCUCAGGCAGGAGAAGCUCGCGCUCGCCGCGCAGGUGGAUGAGCUGAGGGGGAGGCUGAGCGAGCGGCAAGACCAGAGCGGCAGCUGCGAGGUCAACGGCGUGGAGGCGGCGGGCGACAAGAGGAAUAGCCGCACCAGGUCCCUGGUGCAUGACGAUGGCGCCACGCCGCCGGCUGUAGCAGACGCCUCCGAGGACUCGGCGGCGACCGAGUACUACGACCACGUCGUCGCGUACGAGGGCCUGCACGAUCCCUUCUGUGCCACUCCGGACCUGUGGGAUACAUGGCCGCUGCUGGAGUGGAACGCGGUGGCAUGA